AUGCGUAUUCCCCGCCAAGACUUGACUUCCUUGUCAAGUAAGUGCCAAGUAAAUUACUCAAUUCCUGCACGACCAUGACUCGCCAGAAGCCAAAUCACAUUAUAGUCUAAACUCAUGAAGCUGAUGACUUCCAAAUUUUCAUUGCUUUUGUCAAGGCAUCGGCCGGCUUGUAUUUAGUACCGCCUUUGUCUGCUUGAAAAGUACGAAUCAAGAACCUCCAUGAGCCUAUGGUCUUCGAGAAUCAAGAAUGGAGGAACUCCCUCGGGAGAUCGAUCCAGUGGAUGAGUUAAUUAGCUAGAGAAAUGGCUUUUUAUUGCUCUCUUUGGUUACUGAUUGAAUCAACCCUGAUCCCAAAUGGGUUUCGGAAGUGGUUUUAUUUGAGCUUCUUUGUCCACCCUUUCUUUCUUGUUGCGUGCUGGGUUUUUCUCCUUCUCAAGACUCUGUUUGAUUGUGCCUUGUCUUUCAUCCUCCUUCCCUUGCUCAGAAGAGCUCUGUUUCUCGCGAGUCAUCUCUAUGGUUCAGCUAAAUGCGCUGUCUUCUAUUGUUUUUGGUCCGAUAGAGGCGGUGACUAUCAAAACGAUGAUCAAGAGAUUAAGCAUCAUGAAGUUUUGGAGAUCUCCUAUGAAAGUGCUCAGGAUUCCCUGUCUUUUUUCUCAGUUGCAGCGUCAGCUGUGACUUGCAAGCUGGAAGCAGAGUUUACCCCUGGAAAAUAUGUGGAUGUCGAAGAAGAGCAAGUUCUCUUCGAAGAUGCUAUAGAGGAGCUCGAAGUCGAACCUUGUAUUGUUGUUGAUGCAUGUCGAGAUGACUUGAAUGUGGAUAACAAUGAGGACACGCCCACUUUGUCUAGUCCUGAUGUUGGAGUGAACUUGAAUGAGCAUGUGUCUUCCUUUUUAAUGUUGAACUUGGCAACAGAACAAGGUUUCUUUAUGGACGAGUGUCUGAUUCCGAGCGUCGAUUCGCCCCUUUUGGCCUCGGAACCAGUAGACUCUGCUGUUUUGGCAGAGACAUUGGAAGAAGACGCCGAUGUAAAUCGGUAUUCACCUUCGACCUAUGGGACUCGUGUUCCGCCAUUGUCAAUGCUUAGAGAAGUUCCCGAUGCCAACCAAACAAUCGAGGCCGAUCCCUUCUACGGGACGUACGCCGAGCGCAUGGGAUGGUUCGACAUCCUCAAUCACGAAAGGACCUGCGGAAUCAGUGCAAUGCUGCAAAAGGAAACGGGGACUGCUGGAUCGCCAUUGCAGAGCAUCGAGUCAGCCAAUUUCACCAUCCCUCAAUUCUCACUGACCAAGCUCCUGAAGCAUAGACUCUUGAGAAGCUUACAAGGUGACUUCGAGCUGGUCUAUGUGGCUCAAGCAUGCCUGUCAUGGGAGGCUCUCAACCACCACCACCAGAAGGUCCAAGACCUCGCUCAGUCUCCAACCUCCUCUCUCCAAUCCGCCUCAGUAUCUCACCACAAUCUGGUGGGUGAAUUCCAAAAAUUCCAAGUCCUGUUGGAAAGGUUCUUGGAAGAUGAGAGGUGUGAAGGGAAGAGAUGCUGGAAAUAUGUCCAAGCAAGGUUUUCUCUCAAGAGUCUCCUCCAGGUCCCUGAAUUAACAGUGAUUUCAGCGGGAAGAAGGGUAGGAGCAGAAGAAGCAGCCAUGGACCUGAAACCAGUUUCCAAAGCCAUAGAGAAGUGCAUAAGGGCCUUCUAUAUUUUCGUCAAGACCGAUCACGACAAUGACAAGACUUGGUGGAAGCUCAAGAGCUCCUUGUGGAGCUAUUCACCUGUUGAAGACCCUAGAGAUAUCCAACUUCUUGCUGAUCUAAAUCAGACGCACCGCAAGAAGACACUAGGGUUGAAGGAUUUGCAAGGGAAGAAGAGGUGCUGGUUGAAGAAGAGAACAGAGAUUGGCCCUCUUGAAGAGUCUCAGAGGAAAGAGAUUCUGCUCACGCUCGUUGACUUGAGCCUCGUUUCAAGAGUCCUCCACAUGUCCACAAUCUCCUCUUCCCAGCUCAAAUGGUGCCAAACGAAGCUCGACAGCAUCUCAUUCAGAGAAGGCAGGCUCAUUAGGUCACCAGCAUUCCAAUUAUUCCCAGUCUCUUGACAACAAACAUGCCUCUCUCCAAUUAAAUUUCAAUCUUAAGGACUUUUCUCUUUCCACUUUUUCUGGAAAAAGGGAAUUGUUGUUUACUUUAUGCAUGCUUUUUUUGGAGUCAACAUGCAAAGUAUGCAAAUAUAUGUUAUGUACGCUUUGCUUUUGACAGCAACACGCAGUUCUGGCUACAUCCAGUGAAGGCAAGAUUCAAUAACUUGUACAAUGCUACAUAAUUGGCAUGCAAAUUAAAUUAAAUUAUCAUUCA